AUGUAAGUGUCCAUGGCAGUGUCAGUGUUGACUUGAUAUUGACGAUCAAAUUCUUUCCCUCAAUUUGCUUCGAAUUGCUGAUACAUUCCUAUUUCAAUCUUGGGAAAGCCAAUAGAAUUAGCAUUCCGGAAUGAGUAAAACAAUUGAGUUGUAUGGAUUCCCUUCUUUUGUGACUGUGCCUGAUGUGAAGAUGUUUGUAGAGCAGCAUACUGGUGAAGGAACUGUGUUUGCUAUUAAGAUAAGACAAGGCAAAGGUCGAGUUCGCAGAGCAUUUGCUAUUAUCCAAUUCACUUCUGCAAAGUGUGCUACAUCUAUGAUAACCUUAGCUAAUGACGUCAUGAGAACACUGAGAUAUGGGACGUCCUAUUUAAAAGCUCGCGAACUGGAAAGAGAUAUUGUGCUAAAGCCAAGACCCUUUUUGCAUAGAUUGGUUGAUGUGAAACUGCAUUUUGGCUGUCAGAUCUCUAAAGGAAGAUUCUCUGUUUUUUGGAAAAAGGUGAAUGUUGAUGUAAAUUUUGGGAUUGGAAUGAGAAAGUUGCAUUUUUUAUUUUCACAUCACAAUGUGCAUUACAAACUUGAGCUUUCAUAUGAGAACAUUUGGAAGAUUGAGCUGCAUCGACCACGGGGUGAAACUGCAUCUUAUCUCCUGAUACAGUUACUUGGUGCUCCUCGGGUUUUUGAGAAUCUUACAUCGGCAAAUAUGUUUGAAAAUCCUUCGUUCAACUACUAUAAAGAUGCCCCUGAUGAGCAAUGGAUCCGAGCAAUAGAUUUCACUCCUUCCAGUUGUAUUGGGCAGUCUUCUGCUAUAUGUCUGGAGCUUCCUUAUGGCCAAAAUUUUCCAAAUUUCAGGGAAAACUUUGCUUAUUAUGAGGAAAGUGACAGGCCAUACACUUUACAAACAGGAGUUCCUUUUUCUCAAAAUCAGGGUCUUGUUCCCAUUGUUGCCCCUCCUCAUGGCCUUGAAAUACCAUAUGACAUCUUGUUUAAAGUUAAUUCAUUGGUUCAGCAUGGUUGUCUUGCAGGUCCUGCACUUGAUAGUGAUUUCUAUCGUUUGGUUGAUCCAUGUAGAAUGGACCUUGAAUUCAUUGAACAUAUCUUAGAAAAGAUGUACUAUUCAAAGGAAUUCUGUUAUGAACCCACAAAGUGGCUGACUGAUCAGUACAGAAGGUACCUUACAUCAAAGAAUCGUCCUCGGUCACCUGUGAUAUCCUUGGAUACUGGGUUGGUAUAUGUUCGCAGGGUUCUGAUUACACCAUGCAAAGUAUACUUUUGUGGUCCAGAGAUUAAUGUUUCGAAUCGUGUUCUCCGUCAUUUCAGUGAACAUAUUGAUAACUUUCUACGUGUUUCAUUUGUGGAUGAGGAGUUGGAUAAACUGUAUUCAACUGAUUUAUCACAACGUGCACUUGAGAAGAAAACUGAGAUAUACACUAGAAUUCUUUCCAUCCUUAGAAAUGGCAUAGUUAUUGGGGAUAAGAGGUUUGAAUUUCUGGCAUUCUCAUCAAGUCAGUUGCGGGAAAACUCUCUCUGGAUGUUUGCUUCUACAAAAUCUGGAUGUACUGCUGCUUACAUUAGGGAAUGGAUGGGAGAUUUUCGUCAGAUUAGAAAUGUGGCUAAAUAUGCUGCUAGGCUGGGACAAUCUUUUGGUUCGUCUACUGAAACUCUAAGUGUUCACAGGGAUGAAAUUGAAAUUAUUCCUGAUGUGACGGUUAUACAUUGUGGAAUUGAACAUGUAUUCUCUGAUGGAAUUGGGAAAAUAUCUCUUGAAUUUGCCCAGAGAGUGGCGAAAAAGUGUGGCUAUAAUUCCACUCCAUCUGCCUUCCAGAUUCGAUAUGGCGGGUACAAGGGAGUUGUGGCUGUGGACCCAACAUCAUCUGUAAAGCUAUCACUGAGGAAGAGCAUGCACAAGUAUGAUUCAGAUAAUAACAAAUUGGAUGUUUUGGCCUGUAGUAAGUUUCAGUCUUGCUAUCUUAAUAGGCAGUUGAUUACUCUCUUGUCCACUCUUGGGGUCAAGGACUGUGUUUUUGAGGAAAAACAAAGAGAAGCAGUUGAUCAACUGAACACUAUACUGACAGAUUCAUUAAAGGCACAGGAGGUUCUAGACUUAAUGUCUUCUGGGGAGAUCACUAAUAUUCUCAAGGAGAUGCUCAUUUGUGGCUACAAGCCCAAUGUUGAACCAUUUCUUUCAAUGAUGCUGCAAACGUUUAGGGCAUCAAAACUGUUGGAAUUGCGACUCAAAACUAGGAUCUUUAUUCCAGAUGGAAGAGCAAUGAUGGGAUGUUUAGAUGAAACUAGAACCCUGGAAUAUGGUCAAGUAUUUGUUCAUUUUUCUAACAAAAGGCUUGGGAGUCUUUCUGAUAAUUCUUUUUCAUAUGGGUUGCAAGAGACUCGUGUAAUCACAGGUAACGUAGUAGUAGCAAAAAACCCGUGUUUGCACCCAGGUGAUGUGCGUGUUUUAAGGGCUGUGGAUGUGCCAGCUUUGUACCACAUGGUGGAUUGCGUUGUUUUCCCUCAAAAAGGACACAGACCUCAUACAAAUGAGUGUUCGGGAAGUGAUCUGGAUGGGGAUAUCUACUUUGUUUGUUGGGACCCUGAAUUGAUUCCACCUCGCCCAAUCCAACCAAUGGAAUAUACUGCUGCCCCAAGUGAAAAAUUGGAUCAUGAUGUGAUGAUUGAGGAGGUUGAGGAGUAUUUUACCAAUUACAUACUUAAUGACAGUCUCGGAAUAAUUGCCAAUGCACACACGGUGUUUGCUGAUAGAGAACCUUCAAAAGCAAUGUCCAAGCCAUGUAUUGAGCUUGCAAAGCUGUUUUCAACAGCGGUUGACUUUCCAAAAACUGGUGUCCCAGCUGUUAUACCUCAGGAACUUUAUGUCAAAGAAUAUCCUGACUUCAUGGAGAAACCUGACAAACCCACCUACGAAUCAUGUAAUGUAAUAGGAAAGCUCUUUAGGGAAGUGCAAGGAAUAUCAACUAGUGCUGGUUCUAUUUCAUCUUUCACUUUGGAACUGGCAAUAAAGUCAUAUGAUCUUGACAUGGAAGUUGAUGGUUUUAAGGAUUAUGUAGAUGAUGCUUUCUAUCACAAAAGAAAUUACGACUACAAGUUAGGAAACCUGAUGGACUAUUAUGGGAUCAAAACUGAAGCUGAAAUUCUUAGUGGAAAUAUUAUGAAAAUGUCAAAAUCUUUCAACAAAAGAAGGGACGCAGAGGCAAUCAAUAUGGCUGUGAGGUCCCUAAGGAAAGAGGCCCGGACCUGGUUCAAUGAUAGCAGCAGUGGAGUAGAUUCUGGGAGUGAUGAUGCAUAUGCAAAAGCUUCUGCUUGGUACCAUGUUACUUAUCACCCCGAGUACUGGGGUUGCUACAAUGAAGGUAUGAAUAGGGAUCAUUAUCUGAGCUUCGCAUGGUGUGUUUACCCCCAGCUUGUACUAAUCAAGAAGGAGAAGAUCAGCAGCAUUAGACGUUUGAAUUUGAAUUGACAUCUCUGUACUUUUCACUCUCUUUGUUCCAGCUGGAUUUCAGAAGCAUCUUAUGCUUAUAUUGAUUAACUGCAUGUAUUGAUUUGUGGUAAUAUCAUAAAACUACUGUACCGAUUGUAUUGUAUCAUAAAAUCACUGGGUAUAGCUACUAUAUCAACUACUUUCUAUCGUCCAUGACAUCUUUUAACCCUUUCUUUAACACUAUUAAUGGGUGAAUUGUGUGUGCCCAUCUGUGAUCUUACGGGUAUUUUGUGGGAUUCAAAUGGUUCCUAUAAAGAGUACCAUUGACACACUUAUUUUAGGCUCACUUUGAU